CCCUACCUUACCCUAUCACCCUCCUCUGCAGUGGCGUCACUUCAAACUCUCUCCACUUCCAAAAUUCACAUCCUCUCUCACAAUUUCAUCUCAGAAAUUCGCACCUCUCUGGCUCUCCUCUCACCGCCGUCCGCCACCCUCCUCUCCUUUCACCGCCACGUUCCUCCCCUAUUACCGCCACCGUCUCUCACUCUCACGGUCUAACCGCAAAAUAUCGUCUUCCUGCGUCUUAGGGCUGAGAAAGAAUCGUCGUCGCAGCCUGAACGUCGCCGCCGCCUCCAACCCGGUCUUCGUCUCCGUCUCCAGCAAGAUCUUCUCCAGUCUUCGUCGCAGCUCGUCUGUCAGUCUCUUCGCCGUUCGCUGCUCUUCCUUCCGUCUCUCGCUUUGGUGUUCUGUGCCUUUCCGCCACUUCUGUGCUCUCUGCUCACCUAGUUUCGGUUGCUUCCUCUAUACUCUCUCUCGCUGCCGGGAUGCCGGAGGGUAAACUGCUGGUUGGACUUUCAUGGCAACCACAGCUGUUGAUUCCAUCAUCAUCAAAAGCCGCAGAUGCUUGUCAUAACAAACCUCAAAGUGAGGCAUCUAAUAGUAGUCUUUGGAAACCCAAUACAGAGCUUGUUGAUGGCCUUUUCGUUCCUCCUAAUGAUCCCAGAAAGUUAAACAAAUUACUGAGGAAACAAGCUAAAGAUACUGCUGGAAAAGAUUGGUUUGACAUGCCUGCUCAAACCAUCACUCCUGAGUUGCAGACAGAUCUAAAGUUGUUGAAGUUGAGGUCCGCGUUAGAUCCAAAACGGCACUAUAAGAAGGGUGAAUCUAAAUCAAAGGCACUUCCCAAGUAUUUCCAGGUGGGAACAGUUGUAGAAGAUGCAUCAGAAUUCUACUCGGAAAGAUUAACAAAGAAGGAGAGGAAAGCAACCAUUGCAGAUGAGUUGCUUUCUGAUCAAAAGCUUGCGGCAUAUAGGAAGCGAAAGGUACGUGAAAUUGAAGAACAAAAUCGACCUGUGGGCAAUACCAAGUGGAAGAUUAGGGGUCGGAAUUCCUGGAAGCGAGCAAAGGAAAGGAGGGUAUAUUGAAUUUCGAUCACUUGGAAAAUUCAUAGAUGCUAUUUUUGCCCCCUUUUUUUUUUUGGGUUGGAGGGGGGUUUGAUUACGUUAGUUCUUGUCCGUUGCCAUAGUCGAUAAUGAUCUGUAACAGUCUUUUAAGUUAUUGAUGGAAUUACAGCAUUUGUGUGUCAAUGCUCGUGUUUAAAAAGUUUGGUAAUUACUAGAAUUUCUUUGAUGAGACUUUGUAAAUUAUAAACUGUUGUCAAGGGUAAAAUUUUGCAUGAAGAGACGUAUAACAUUUUGCUGCAAAAUCAAUGGAUUUUGUGUAUUACAAGCUA